AUGGGCCCGAAAAGAGGUAAAAAGGGCACUCCGUGGCCAGAACCACGGUUUGCAGAUGACCCUGAUAUACGCGCAUAUGUAGCUGCAGCCAUCAAAGAUCUCGAGGCACUGAAGAAGCACCAAGAAGCACUGGAGAUUGGCAUGCCCCGUGAGCUCUCUACUUCCGUGGUUGACGCGUUCUUAUACCUGGCUCGAAGGGUGAAGAAUACGCCUACGAAUGAGCAACUAGCGCAGCGGCUCGCGAAGGUCGAAUUACACGUGGAAAAGACGCAGAAAGAGGUAUCUCAGGCCUCUCGAGAGAUUACUACGACCAAAAGCAACACGAACCGCCUGGUGGAGGCAAUAUGCCACCCAACAUCCCCAGGGACACGUACCGCGAAAAAUUCUCCAAGCUUCAGUCACGUGACAACUAGCUCAGAGUCGUACGUACAGGCCUGGGGACGUAAGGUGCCCUCGAACCCUCCCACGGUCCCUAGCGUGGGAUUGAGUAGUGGAGGAAGCUUGCCAUCAACCCCAUAUCCAAGCCAGGAGGACCUAGAGGUCUAUCUGGAACAUACCGAUCCAAAUAUCCUCAACCCGAUACGUCGAUUCCCGGAUAAGGUGGUGGAGAAGGCAAAUCUCGCAAUACGCAGCACUCAAGACACCACCAUCGCACAUCGACGAAUUGCGGCAGCCCGUAUACUACCUAGUGGCGAUAUUAUACUCUUACUAGGCACAGUGGACGACGUCGACCAGCUUACCCGCAAGAAGGACUGGAUUAGGGCAUUCGGAAACGAAGCACGUAUACGAAAACGUACAUGGGGCGUCGUCGUACACGGCGUCAACACGAAUAUCAACCCCAAACAGCCUCAAUUCAUAACCACGCUUACCUCAGAGAACGCCCCGGUGUUCGCACAGCUUCCAGCCUCUAUGAAUGUCACACACACGGGCUGGCUCCUAAGCGAGUAUAAGAUCAAGGAACAGAAGCUCACAAAUGCCCACCUUGUAGUCAUAUUUGAUGAUGAAAGGAUUGCUAAUUUUGCAAUCCAACGCGGCCUUAUUAUUAAGGGAAGACAGCACAAUGUCUCAAUAUACGACAAAGCAGCCAAUCUCCAGCAGUGCUUCAAGUGUCAGAUGUAUAAACAUAUCGCCAGGCACUGUCAGCGCCAGAUCUGCUGCGCGUACUGCGCUGGAUCUCAUGAUACAGGGGAUUGCCCUACACCGAAAGAGAAAGAAUACGCUAAAUGUGCUAAUUGCACCGCAGAAAAUGUCCAUAUCAAAGAUCCUGCCAAGAGACUCAAUACGAAACACUUUGCGUACGCGAGGGAGUGCCCGAUACGAGCUACAUGCCUCACAGAGGCACAUCAACGACGUACAUACGGCCCACAAUAUCACACUCCUGUGAUACGACCUGGCAAUAGUCAGCCCGGAGCCAUCUCACCAAAUGACCCUACACCAGCUGAAGCAGCCAAUACAGAGCGAAGUCCUCGCGCACCGGCUCGUACAGCCACCACACGUCGAUCUGCCAACUCAAGAAGUAAGAGCGCAGCAGCCGCCCGAAAACGAGUGGCAGAACGAUCUGAGCCCGAGCCGAUAAGCCCUACAUCAGGUGACCCUACCAAUAGAUCCUCGAAAAAGCCUAUAAGAGCGCAGUGGGAUAAAGAUCUAGUUAUAGAUGCAGAUCCUAAUCCUGAACCUAAGACAGGACCUGAGACCCAGAUCAAAUAUACAUAUAACACACGUGCACGUCAGAAUACGAAGCCUCCACCAGGAACCCCGGUUCUGCAAUCAGAUAUUGCUCCACUAGAAAUUUCACAUGUGCAAGCUGUUAGGACUGUCCGCCGAAGUAAGAGUGUGCGUACGAUCCCAGACGAUGACUCAUCUGAGGAUGAACUUACCCAGCCAUCAAUCCACGAAGCCCCUCAGGAUCCAAUCGAGCCAGCUCAGGAGGCUGAUACGCUAAUGACCACGAACCUUGAAGACAGCACCUGGGCUAACAAUCACUUCCAUAUCCUACUGCAGCCCACACCCAAGGAAGAAUACAAGAAACGCCCACGAGUCUGUUUCUACGUCAAUAGAGGGCUAGAUCCAGCCACAUGGGAGGUCCAAUACCAUAAUAGAGAUCUGAGCACAUUGACACUUCAUACAGCCGCCCAUGGAACCAUCCAUAUUCACAAUGUAUACAAUCCAGGAGUCAAUAGCAACGAGGAAUCUGUAAUUAGCGCCCUGCAAACCGCCAUGGCACCUAGGGCGCAGCAUAUUGUAUUGGGGGACUUCAACCGACAUCACCCGCUGUGGGCGGGCCCGCGGUACCGACACGUUGACGAGGAGGCCACCGAAUUGAUUAAUCUUAUGGAUGAGCAUGGGCUCGAGCAGCUCUUGCCACCAGGCACGAUCACGUACGAGAGGGUUAACGCCAAAUCUACAAUUGAUCUGGUGUGGGCAUCGCACAAUCUAGCCAACCGGGUAGUGAGCUGCGACACCAAGCCAGAGUGGUGGUACGGAGCAGAUCAUGUCCCAAUCUCCACUCAAUUUGACCUUACAGCUAUACGUGUUCCUCCAUUGGUUCGCAAGCAGUGGAAUGCAACAGAUUGGGACCUCUUCCUUAAACUGAUGGACAUAUACAAUUGGCACCCAAGGGAGCUCAAUGACAAUGAGGCGAUCAAUGAGGCGAUCCGCUAUCUAGUUGAGGCAAUCAAUCAGGCAGCUGAGCAAGCGACACCUACAAAACAGAUCAGCAUCUACUCACGAGCGGGCUACACCCCAGAGAUGGCGAAGCUUAAACACCACGUAUCUAGGUGUAGACGACACGCACGUCGUAUAAAUACAGAUCAGGCAUGGGAGGACUACGCAGAGGCUAGGAAAGAGAUGAAACGGCGCACCAAUGAGCUCGCACGAGAUCUACAUCGCCAACGAAUUGAGCAGGCAACAGAGUCAAUAGAUGGAUUCUGGAGAAUUGCCCGUUGGGUCCGCAAUAGGGGCAAACCACGUGCCACGUUUACCCCAACGUUACACUACAAUAACACGAGUUACACAGCCCCAAAGGAGAAAGCAGCCCUAUUCCGAGAGGUCCUCCACCCAGAGCCCCCGGAGGCAGAUCUGUCAGAUAUUGGGCCACAAUAUAGAUAUCCCAAACCGUAUACGAUGCCACCAAUCACGUUAGACGAAGUCCGAACGGCAGUAACCAACGUGAAGCCCGACAAAGCACCAGGGCCAGAUGGAAUCCCCAAUCUGGUCCUACAAAGGCUGCUCCCUACUAUCGAGGCCUAUCUCGUUAAUCUCUUUAAUGCAUGUCUACGUCAACAAUACUGCCCUGACCAUUUCCGAAAGUCGACAACAGUCAUCCUUCGCAAGCCUGGAAAGCCUGAUUACUCUGAUCCAAAGGCGUACCGCCCAAUAGCGUUACUGAGCACGAUUGGCAAAGCACUAGAAUCAGUGUUAGCCAGACGUCUCAGCUAUCUAGUGGAGCAAUAUAAUCUUUUACCAAAGCAACAUAUUGGAGGACGUCGCGGCCGCUCAUGCGAACUAGCAAUCCAUCUCUUACUAGAAGAGACCCAUAGUGCGUGGAGAGAGGGCUCACGAGUAGCCUCAGGGCUUGCACUUGACGCGGCAGGGGCUUUUGACAACGUCAAUCAUAUAAGGCUGAUACACGACCUACGAAAGCGCCAGGUGCCAGAUGACCUGAUUGGCUGGAUUGAGAGCUUUCUAAGCAAUCGCCGCACGUCAAUCACACUCCUAGAGGGCAAUAUGGGGGAAUUUCUAGUCAAUACAGGCAUUCCGCAGGGCUCCCCAUUGUCACCAAUCCUAUUCCUAUUCUUUAAUGCAGAUCUUAUUGAGCAGAUACUCGCCGAGUGCCCGGACGUGAUUGUACUUGGAUAUAUUGACGACAUCUUCAUCAUGACAUAUGGGACCUCCGCCGCAGCCAACUGCCACACACUCACCAAAGUACACCAGGUUGCAGAGCGCUGGGAGAGGACACAUGCCUCUAAAUUUGCGCCUGCCAAAUAUCAACUUACCCACUUUUGGCGGAAGCACCAAAUGGUGCCUAAGCCGAGUGGUAGGCUGGAUGUACCUCUCAUAAUCAAGGGAGUAGAAAUUAAGCCUACGGACUCAAUCAAAUAUCUAGGAGUUUAUCUGGAUACCCACCUCACUGGGGAAGUGCACGUACAGGAGAUGAGAAAGAAGGCUGCAAAACUGGUGGCGGGAUUAAGCUCAAUCGCAGGAUCGACAUGGGGAACGCCCCUGGUUCAUCUAAGGAAGAUAUACACGGCUGUCCUCCAACCACAGAUCAUGUACGCGUGCUCCACGUGGUAUAUACGAGGUGGAAGAGGGUUCACCGGUGCGCAGCGAGCUGCAGAGCAAGCCAUCCGAUCGAUCCAGGAUCAGGCUCUUCACCAGAUAUCCGGCGCGUUCAAACGUACGUCACGACAGGCCCUAGAGGUCUGUCUCCAUGUACCACCUGCAGAGCUCACGCUCGCAAAGCUGGCUGAGGAGGCCUGCCUGCGGAUCAUGACCUCACCACUUCGAUCUACGCUUUACCAAAUACGUGGCCAAGCCCACUGUAACGACCCAUACACGUCGCCACUUCAUCGAUUGGAAACAGCCAUCGACCGCAAACUGGGGAGUGAUACUAGCCAACGCAUCGAGACAAUCUACCCCUUUGUAGUGCCACCGUGGUGGGAGCCACCAGAAGCAAGGAUUGACGAUACCCGUGAGGAGGCUAUCAAGGCUAUUGAAGCAAUCUCAGGAACAGAUACAACAAUACAGUUCUUUACCGAUGGGAGCGGCUUUGACAAUGGGAUUGGGGCAGCGGUCUACUCAUCAAUAGGACAGGCUUAUAAGCCAGUAGGCUCAUCUGACACACAUACUGUUUAUGCAGGGGAACUGGAGGGAAUCGAUGCGGCAUUGGAAAUCCUACUCCGAAGCCAGCCAUGCGACGACAACCCACACGAAGCCACAAUCUACACAGAUAAUCAAGCCGCAAUACGCGCCACAUGCCAGCCAGGGCGGUCCUCUGGGCAGUAUAUCCUUCGACGGAUCGUACGACACCUGGGCCUCCUACGCGACAACCGAUCUCGAUGGCGUGUACGACUACAGUGGGUGCCAGGCCACGAAGGGGUCCCAGGCAACGAGAAAGCAGACCAGCUGGCAAAGUUGGCUGCAGUCGAGGCGACACGGCGUACACAGGAGAACGCCCGCAUAGCCAGGAUCAGCGCACCCAAUCAGACUACACCACACGCCGCACGAAUGUCGUAUAUUCCAAAUCAGUCAACUAUCCUUAUGGCAGUGUGUCGCCAGAGGCUACAUGCAGGCUUUGCAAAGAGGUGGAAGGAACAGUGGGAGCAUGCCAACCAUGGACGGCAUCUCUAUCGGAUAAUCAAAGCACCAACGAAGAUGGUGUUGCAGCUGCACGAGGGAUUACGACGGGCUUGGAGUUCAGUGUUAAUCCAACUACAAACAGGUAAAUCAGCGCUACGCAGCUUCCUAGCGAGUGUACGGAUUGAAGACUCACCUCAAUGCGAAUGUGGCCUUGGGGAUCAGGAUACGGCCCACGUCCUCAUACGGUGUCCUACCCAUAUAAACCUGCGUAUGGAGACUCUCUGGAAAGAAGCACGCGAAACAGAUUAUCGGAAGCUCCUUAGCGAACCUCAGUGGGUUCGGCAGAGUAUUGAAUUUAUGAUGCGGACUGGUCUAUUGACGCAGUUCCAUCACGUAACCCCCUUAACAACCACGCGCUCACAGUGA